UAGGCAAGUCACAAAAUUUGGGAAUCAUCUUUACUGAUCAGGUUCACUGAAUUUGGUCCUCUUACAGAUUUAAUGAAUGUGGUUUGGUUCGGUUCGUCGUAUGUCUGCACUCGUCGGAGCUCAAAGUUGCUUAAACUUUGCAUCAAAGUAGAGCAGAUCAUAGCUAAUUUAUGGAACCUCAGAUCUCAAAAUCAAAGUCGGUGUCUUGUUGUGAUUCUGUAGUUUUGUACGGUAUUGCAAUGGCUUUGGAAGGUUUUGAUUUUUCCUGGACAAGAAACGCGCUGAAGGUGUUUGUUGAAAUGCCUGAGCGACAAGUCUUUGUCCGAUAUAUGUCCUCGUUUUGGUUCUGCAACUUACCAAAUAAACACUAGUCAUUCAAGAAACCAGGUACACACAAAAAGUCUCUUGAUUGGCUAUUAAAAACAGCAAACUGAAAAUCUUGUUCAAUCUUCUAUUCAGUCAAACAUUCUCUGCGUUGUUGUAUUCAUAUGAUUGGUAGACGUGUAGUUAACUGGUUACGUUGUUUAUCAUUGAAUUUAAACUGAUUAUAUGAUCAUGACUAGCUACGGCCAGACAUUCAACGGCAAAUAAACUAAAUAAUUUCGUAGCAAUUAGGUGAAUUGCAACGAUUUUGUGGCAUUGUUUGUCCGUUGACCUUGUUCAGGAAUUGUGAAUAUUUGUUUCUUUCAGUUGAGAUAUUCAAAGUAUUGUACUUUAUUCCGUGUAAUGACAAUAAGAUCUUUUGAUUUUUGAUGAAUUCAUGCACCAAGGAUUAUGAAAAUUGCGAAAGUCAAGUGAUGUGAUAUGUUUGGUUUAAUAUUAUAAGCGUGUGUGUCUUCUUUAGUCAAUUUAGGAUGUUUGAAUGUAAAAAGAUGCCAAUAAGAUUGCUUGGUCAAGAUAACUUGUUUGAAUAUCAGAACAUCUUUAGGUUUCAUAUUCGUCUGAAGAAACUUUAUUUUAUUCAUUACAUUGAAUCUCUCAACGAAGAUCUCUUGCAGACACAUAGAAAGGAAAGAUGAGUGUUUUUUACUUUCCUUGCUUGAUUUUGUUAACCUUGUUUUCAAGUUAUUGCUAUGCAGCUAUAACCACAUCGAGUCCUUUGUCGAUAAGACAAACUCUCAGCUCUCCUAAUGAAUCCUUUGAGCUAGGUUUCUUCAGUCCUAACAGCUCUCAAAAUCAUCACUACGUUGGAAUCUGGUUCAAGAGAGUCACUCCUCGAGUGUAUGUUUGGGUAGCUAAUAGAGAAAAAUCGGUAACGAGCCUCACGGCGAAUCUCACCAUCAGCAGCAAUGGGAGCCUUAUCUUGCUUGAUGAGAAACAAGACAUUGUGUGGUCAUCUGGAAGAGAAGUUCUUACAUUUAAUGAAUGUCGUGCUGAGCUUUUAAACUCCGGAAAUCUUGUCCUCAUAGAUAAUGUUACUGGGAAAUAUCUAUGGGAAAGUUUCGAGCAUCCUGGUGAUACUAUGCUUCCUCUCUCAUCGCUUAUGUACAGUACUCUUAACAACACCAGGCGUGUGUUGACUUCUUGGAAGACUAACACAGAUCCAUCUCCUGGUGAAUUUGUAGCAGAGCUUACGCCACAGGUACCCCCUCAAGGACUUGUAUGGAAAGGGUCAUCACCUUAUUGGAGAAGCGGGCCAUGGGUGGACACAAGGUUCAGUGGGAUACCGGAAAUGGAUAAAACAUAUGUAAAUCCAUUAACUAUGGUCCAAGAUGUGGUGAAUGGCACAGGAAUUUUGACUUUUUGUGCAUUAAGAAAUUUUGAUGUGUCUUACAUCAAGCUAACGUCUGAUGGAUCAUUGGAUAUUCACCGUAGUAAUGGUGGCACCACCGGGUGGAUUAAGCAUUUUGAAGGUCCUCUAAGCUCAUGUGAUCUCUACGGUACAUGUGGACCUUAUGGUUUGUGUAUGAGGUCCAUUAGUGCUCCAACCUGCAAAUGCUUGAGAGGGUUUGUGCCAAAGUCAGAUGAUGAGUGGAAUAAUGGAAACUGGACUCGUGGGUGUGUGAGACGAACAGAAUUAUCAUCAUGUCAGGGAAAUUCUGCGUCAACAACACAAGGCAAAGACACAACAGACGGAUUUUACCGUGUUGCCAAUAUUAAGCCUCCAGAUUCUUACGAAUUAACAAGCUUUGGUGAUGCAGAACAAUGCCAUAAAGGAUGUCUCCGCAACUGUUCUUGCUUGGCCUUUGCCUAUAUUAAUAAAAUUGGAUGCUUGGUGUGGAACCAGGAGCUAUUGGACACGGUUCAGUUUAGUGAAGAAGGAGAGUUUCUUUCCAUCCGUCUUGCACGUUCUGAGUUAGCUAGAGGCAAGCGAAUCAAGAUCAUCGCUGUUAGCGCUAUUAGCCUUUGUGUGUUUUUUAUCUUGGUGCUUGCUGCAUUUGGGUGUUGGAGAUACAGAGUGAAACAAAACGGUGAAGCUCGUGUAGCCAUGGAUAUUUCAGAAGAUUCUUGGAAGAAUGGUUUGAAAUCACAAGAUGUCUCAGGUUCAAAUUUCUUUGAGAUGCAUACCAUACAAGCAGCGACUGAUAAUUUCAGCGUGUCAAAUAAACUCGGUCAAGGUGGAUUUGGAACAGUUUAUAAGGGAAAGCUAAAAGAUGGGAAAGAAAUAGCUAUAAAACGUCUUUCUAACAGCUCUGGAGAGGGCACAGAGGAAUUCAUGAACGAAUUAAAACUCAUCUCAAAACUACAACACAGAAACUUGGUUCGGCUUUUAGGAUAUUGUAUUGAAGGAGAAGAGAAGCUAUUGAUUUAUGAGUUUAUGGUCAACAAAAGCCUUGACACUUUUCUCUUCGAUUUGAAGAAGAAGCUGGAGAUUGAUUGGCCUAAGAGAUUCAAUAUCAUUCAAGGUAUUGCUCGUGGACUUCUCUAUCUCCAUCGCGACUCAUUCCUCAGAGUUGUACAUCGCGAUCUAAAGGCCAGCAACAUUCUCUUGGACGAGAAGAUGAAUCCCAAAAUAUCAGAUUUUGGGUUGGCUAGGAUGUUUCAAGGAACUCAAAAUCAAGACAACACUGGCAGAGUAUUUGGAACUUUGGGAUACAUGUCUCCUGAAUAUGCGUGGACAGGGACAUACUCUGAGAAAUCUGACAUUUAUAGCUUUGGGGUUUUGAUGCUGGAAAUCAUCAGCGGGAAAGAGAUAUCGAGCUUUAGCCAUGGCAAAGAGGAAAAAAACCUUGUUGCAUAUGCAUGGGAAUCAUGGAGCGAAACCGGAGGAGUGGAUCUACUGGAUCAAGACAUUGAUGAUUCAGAUUCAAUUGAAGCAGUGAUGAGAUGUGUUCAGAUAGGCUUGCUCUGUGUUCAACACCAAGCAAUGGACAGACCAAACAUCAAACAAGUUGUGUCAAUGCUGACGUCAACAAUGGAUCUUCCAAAGCCAAAACAACCUAUUUUUGUUUCGGAUACGAGUGACGAGGAUUCUGUGUCUCUUAAGUCUAUUGAUCACAAGGAUAUGUGCUCUGAUGAUGAAAACAAACAAGAAUCUCCAUGAAUCAAAACCAAUUCCAGAUACUGUUCAAAUGUAUUUGGCUUCAAACGAAAUUAAAAUAAUACUAUUGACAAAUAAUGGGAAUGGUAUAGUUACAAUUAUGU